AUGGACCAGGUGUCUGCUGUCACUGAUCCUCUCAUCCAAUUUGCGAAGGCUUCCGUCCACUUUUUCCAUCGAUGCACAAAACCCGAUCGGAAGGAAUUCAAGAAGAAUGCUAUCGCCACAGCUGUUGGAUUUCUAGCCAUGGGUGUCCUCGGUUUUAUCAUCAAACUUGUGUUUGUGCCCCUUAAUAGUAUUAUAGUCGGCGGUUAA